AUGAAGUUUGCUGAUAUAAGUAAUGCUGAUGAUACAAGUUCCAACAGUUAUGGAUAUGGGAAUGCUGGUAUUAUGAAUGGGCAUGAAAGUCAUGAUCAAUCGGUAUUAAGACUUCAAGAACGAAGUUAUUGGGGUUCUAGCUCAU